AUUCAAAGUUUCAUUAAUUAGUUUAUCGAAAGAAAUCGGAACGAACGGUCGUGUACAAGUAACAAUUAGUAGAAUUUCGCUUUUGAUAUGGAAAACUGUGGUAAUAAUUUCGCAGAUAAAAGUGAUAAUGAGCGUUCGCCAGUUUUGAAUUAUUAUCGUGGAAAAACAGUAUUGCUAACAGGUGUGACCGGUUUCCUCGGAGAAUGCUUCGUGGUAAAAUUAUUGAGAAUUGGCGUAAAGACCGUCUACGUAUUAAUACGUUCCCGAAAAAACAAAACACCGCAAGAAAGAUAUGAACAAUUGCUGAAGAGUCCAAUUUUCGAAUUACUUCGUAAAGAACGACCCCAAUUUGCCAAUGACAUCAUACCCAUAUCUGGUUCGUUGGACGAACUUGAACUGGCGAUAUCGAAAGAGGACCAGGCAAUGCUAGCCGAGAACAUUCAACUAAUAAUACAUUCAGCUGCAGAUGUUCGAUUCGACAUUCCGAUUGCUAACGCUACAAUCAGAAAUAUUCGCGGCACCAGAGAACUAUUGAAACUUGCACAGAAAAUGAAUAAUUUGGAAAAUUUCAUUCACAUUUCAACGGCCUACGCAUUUUGUAUGCGUAAAGUGAUUGGUGAAGAAUUUUACGAAACGCCAUUCGACUCCGAGGUGGUAAUAAGAAUGGCCGAAAAUAUGACCAGCGAAGAUGAUCAAACUGCUUUAGUGGCGUUCCGAGACAAAAUCAUACACCCGUGGCCGAAUACAUACACGUUUACGAAGGCUAUAACAGAACUAAUGGUUCGCAAGUACGAAAAACAUUUCAAAAUUACCGUCAUCAAACCAUCGAUUGUAACGGCAACAUUCCGCGAACCGAUUCCAGGAUGGGCUUCAAAUUUUUCCGGAGCGAACGGCGUUUUUGCUGGAAUAGUUGGAGGUGUACUAAGAUGCUUUAAAAUUCAAAAGGACAUAGCCAUAGACAUGGUGUACGGUGAUUAUGUAGUUAAUGGAGCACUGGCUGCUGGUCACGAUAUUUCCAUCGGAGGAAAUAUUGGUAAACCGCCAAUUUACAACAUUGUAUCAAGCAACGAUUAUGUUACAACAUUUGAUCAAAUGGUGGACGAAAUCCUACCAUUACGCCUUAGCGUUGUCCCCUCUAAGGCGCUUUGGUUUCCAACUUGCACUGUUUGCCGUGACAGUGUUUCCUUCUUUUUGUGCAAUUUGUUUUUCCAUAUUAUUCCGGCAGUCCUUUUCGAUCUUGGACUCCUGCUUAAGGGCAAAAAACCGCAGAUUAUAAAACUAUAUCGUCAGAUACAUUCGUUUGGUGAUGUGAUUAACUUCUUCAUUUGCAGUACAUUCAAAUUUGAGAACAAAAACAUGAAAAGGGUUUGUAAGAGCCUGACACUGGCAGAUAAGCAAAUAUUUCCAUGCGAUUUUGCCGAUGCGUAUUGGCCUGAAUACCGGGACUGUUAUGUUAAAAUAGGUAUAACGCAAUCGCUUCUCAAUGACAAGUCGGACGAAAAGACCUUGAAUCGUAAUUCUACAAUAUGGAAGUUUAUCCAUUAUGGACUUCUGUCAUUUGGUGCCUUAUGUACAGCAUUUUUCUUUUACGUGGUCUUUAAGUGACUAAUUAUAGAAUUGCCAUUUUUGUAGUAGAAGAGUCAUUCAUGAAAUACAACUGUCGAGAAAUAAAUAUUAAAUCAUUCAAGGAACAUUGAAUUUAAAAUAACU